CCGGGAGAGGCAGCGGCGCGCCGAGCUCCUGUCCUGCCGGUGCCCAGCUCUGCAGAGGGGCGAAGCCCCAGCCCGAGCGCCGGCCCCGGGGCGUCCCUUGCUCCCGGGAAGGGAGUUUCUGAGCCAGGCUUGGAUGCCCGCGCGCCCCCAAGGAUGGCAGCUCUGGACCCCAACAACAACACAGGCGGCGUGAUCAGCUACAUCGGCUCCAGCGGCUCCUCGCCCAGCCGCACCAGCCCCGUCUCCCUGUGCAGCGACAGCUCCAACGGCAGCUUCCAGUCCGGCUCGCAGGCCUUCCCCUCCUACUUCCCGCCCUCGCCCACCGGCUCCCUGACCCACGACUCGCGGCCCUACGGCGCUGGGCUGCAGGGCUCGCGGGAGGAUGGCUCCCCUUCCUCCUCGUCCUCCUCGUCGUCCUCCUCGUACAGCUCCUCCGGGACCUCCCCCGGGGGCCUGCAGGUCGCCAUGGACGACGGGAGGCGCGUCUCUCCCAGCAAGACCACCAGCAACAUCACCAAGCUGAACGGGAUGGUUCUGCUUUGCAAAGUGUGUGGAGAUGUCGCCUCAGGCUUCCACUAUGGGGUCCAUGCCUGCGAGGGCUGCAAGGGUUUCUUCCGACGCAGCAUUCAGCAAAACAUCCAAUACAAAAAGUGCCUGAAAAAUGAGAACUGCUCCAUCAUCCGGAUCAACCGGAACCGGUGCCAGCAGUGCCGCUUCAAGAAAUGUCUGUCAGUCGGCAUGUCCCGGGACGCCGUGCGCUUCGGGCGCAUCCCCAAGCGUGAGAAGCAGCGGAUGCUGGCGGAGAUGCAGAGUGCCAUGAACAACAUGGCCAACAACCAGCUGAGCGGGCAGUGCCCGCCGGAGGGCUCCCCGCUGGGGCACCCCCAGCCUGCCAACCCACUGCCGUGCCAUCAGCCCCAGCUCCCCGCCUCCCCACUGCAGCAGCAGCCCUGCUUCUCUCAGUUCCCCCAGCAGCUGACGCCCCCCCGCUCCCCCAGCCCCACGGAGGCCAUGGACGACGUCAUCUCGCAGGUGACCAAGGCGCACAAGGAGAUCUUCAUCUACGCCCACGACAAGCUGGGCACGGCGCUGCCCUUGCCCCGGCCCUGCGACAACAACGCCCGCAACUGGGAGAACCGCCGCUGUGCCAACGGCUACCAGGGCAACAGCCUCUAUCGCCACAACAACAACAACUUGCCCCACCCCGACGCCUCCCGCUUCCCCGCCUGGCACUCCAGCUCCCCCAGCGCCUGCCCCCAGAACAACACGAACAGCCAUAGGCUGUGCCCCCCCCGGCUACCCUCCUUGGCCGAGGAAGCCGAGACCCCGGCAGGCCCAUGGGAAAGGGGCACCAAGGACAUCCUGCUGGCAUGCCCCAUGAACGCGCACCCGCACGGCAGGAGCGGCCACACCGUCCAGGAGAUCUGGGAGGAUUUCUCGCUGAGCUUCACGCCCGCCGUCCGGGAGGUGGUGGAGUUUGCCAAGCACAUACCGGGCUUCAAGGACCUGUCGCAGCACGACCAAGUGGCCCUUCUCAAAGCCGGCACCUUCGAGGUGCUGAUGGUGCGGUUCGCCCCCCUGUUCAACGUGAAGGAGCAGACGGUGAUGUUUAUGAGCCGGACGACCUACAGCCUGGGGGAGCUGUGGGGGAUGGGCAUGGGCGACCUGCUCAGCUCCAUGUUCGAGUUCAGCGAGAAGCUCGGCUCCCUGGAGCUCACCGAGGAGGAGCUGGGUCUCUUCACCGCCGUCGUGCUGGUCUCGGCAGACCGCUCCGGCAUGGAGAACACGGCCUCAGUGGAGCAGCUGCAGGAGACCCUGAUCCGCGCCCUGCGCACGCUGAUCCUCAAGAACCACCCCACGGAGACCUCGCGCUUCACCAAGCUGCUGCUCAAGCUGCCCGACCUGCGCACCCUGAACAACAUGCAUUCGGAGAAGCUGCUCUCCUUCCGCAUCGACGCCCAGUAGGGCUUCCCCCGCCCUCCCGCCCCGGGACCCUCCGCAGAGAAACCCACCAGACUCUCUUGCUGCUGACAAGGCAGCCAGGACAGAGCCCCCUGGGGCGGCCGACCCCUGUAAAUAGUGAUCUGUGUAUAUUGGAGUCAUGUUCUCUGUUGCUGCUGCCCCCCGUGGAGGGCUGGAGCCCAGCUCUGUCUGAGCCACACGGGAAAUAAUAUAUUGAAACCAA